UGCAACUUCUCUAUAAUGAACGGCCAGUUGCACGACAAAAGUUAUAGGGAGGGUUCAUCCAAGGGAGGUUCGAAAAGUGGAAAUUUGAUCUUAAUCUCUAUAAAUCCGCUCUAUAAAAAUUCGGUACAAAACAAUAUGUAUGGCUCAUGUCUUCUGGAUUUACAAAUGAUAUUCAACUGUACAUUCGCUGAGAUAUCACAUGCAUAUACAGUAUUUGGCAUUACCUACACUAUCGGCUCGCUAAGUAACCAGCAUCAUAAGAUUAUUUAUACGUUAGACAACGAUAUGGCGGAUAACGGAUCUAAUGACACAAAAAUGAAGUCUGAGAAAACUACUGAUUUGUUUCCCGAAAGGAAUUUCUUUAUGAAUGAAUCCAAAAGUGAUGUCGUAUUCAUAACCGAUGGCCAAAGAGUGCCCGCAUUGAGAUACGUAUUAAUGGUGGGAAGCGUUUACUUUGAGGCCAUGUUUUCGGGAAGUUUUGCCGAAACAGACAAAAAGGAGAUCGAGAUUAAGGACACCACUUAUGAGGCGUUCAAAGCUAUCGUUUGGUACUUAUAUUCACGUAAGCUAUCAUUUAAUGAUAAGGAAGACAUGGAUUGCGAUCUCGUGUACGAUGUGUCCAAAUUAGCCGACGCUUACGACAUGGAUUACUUGACACAAUUGAUUAACACAACUGAUGGCCAUUUGUUGGCCAAAUUGGUGGCUAAGGAACGCAAACCUGUGUACUACCAUUGUGCUGGUUGCAGCCCUGAUUACGAAUGA